UAGCAAUGAACGACACUGUGGCCCUUCUGCAGAAAUUCAAUGCGCAUCCAGAUUCCCGCUGUUGGUAUGUGGCAUGGAACCCCACAGGCACAUUGCUGGCAUCAUGCGGUGGUGACCGAGCCAUUCGGAUAUGGGGAAGGGAAGGUGACUCUUGGGAAUGCAAGACCUUGCUCCAGGAUGGACACCAGAGAACUGUCAGAAAGGUGGCAUGGUCCCCAUGUGGGAACUACCUGGCCUCAGCCAGCUUUGAUGCCACAACCUGCAUCUGGAAAAAGAAGAAUGAUGAUUUUGAGUGCUUGACUGUGUUGGAAGGACAUGAGAAUGAGGUGAAAUGUGUGGCCUGGGCCCCAUCCGGUAACUUGCUGGCCACAUGUAGUAGAGACAAGAGUGUCUGGAUCUGGGAAGUGGAUGAGGAGAAUGAGAAUGAGUAUGAGUGUGUGAGUGUGGUAAACUCUCAUACACAGGAUGUCAAGCAUGUUGUCUGGCACCCAACACAGGAGCUCCUCGCCUCAUGUAGCUACGACAACAAUGUGUGUGUCUAUAAAGAAGAGGAUGAUGACUGGGAGUGCAGGGCGACCCUGGAAGGACACACCUCCACUGUCUGGGGUUUGACCUUUGACCCAAGUGGCCAGCGACUGGCCUCCUGCAGUGAUGACUGUACUGUGAAGAUCUGGAAAGAAUGUCAGCCAGAAGGUGGGCAGGAAGGCACUGACGCGGCUUGGAAAUGUGUUUGUACCCUUUCAGGGUUUCAUGGACGGACAGUGUAUGAUAUUGCAUGGUGUCCACUGACGGGUGCCCUGGCGACUGCAUGUGGUGAUGACGGAGUGCGUGUGUUUAAGGAGGAUGAGACGGCUGACCCAGACCAGCCUGCUUUCUCCCUGUCUGCCCAUGUACCCAAGGCCCACACCCAGGAUGUCAACUGUAUAGCCUGGCACCCCAAGAAGGCUGGGCUCCUUGUCUCCUGCAGUGACAAUGGGGAGAUAGCAGUCUGGAACUACCAGUCUGGGGUCUGAGAACAUGUACAGUAUGUUGGGCUAGUUAGGACUUCCAGAUCCAGUGUUUAACAAUGCUGAAUUUACCUUGUACUGUCAAGGGUGCCAACAGCACUGAAAUUGUCAUGUAUGAUGUUUAUUAUUAAUCCCUCUUGCAAUAACCUGUUUUAAUGAGGUUAGAGUGGUUUUGAUUUCAUUAUACUGAUACCUGCCUGUGCACUUGUGGUUGAAAACUGAAUGUGGGCCCUAAAUGUCAUAAUUAUGUAUUUGAUUAACAAUACAAUAUACACAUUCUAAUGGUGUUUUGUAAUAUCAAGAAAAGAAAAUUGUCAUAGCUAUUUAAUCAAGGGAUUCAGCACACUUAUGUCUAGAUGCUAGAUAAAUGUUUCCAGAAACCACUUCUAGUAAGCAUUGAUGGAAAAUGUCUUCGCUUUCACCUUUUAUAUUAAUUGUUCAUAAAGAUGGUCUUCAGAUUUAUAUUAAUUUACAGUCAAA